AGCAUGUGGCAGCCACUACCGGGGAGGAAAUUUCUUUUUGUGGGUCAGGCUAUAAAUUCCAAGCGCUCACUCCGGGACUCAGGCUGCCGGUGGAAACAUGGACCGAUUCUCGCUGGCCCGGCUGCUCCUCCUCGCGGCCGUCCUGCACCCCGAGAGCCUCGCCUUCGACCCCGCCCCCUGCCUGCAUGACCAUGACUACGAGGAGCUGGUGGGGAUUGUGACCCACGGGCUCCCGAAGGCGGAGCGUCCAGCGGAGGUGGUCAUCGUGGGGGCGGGGAUCAGCGGCCUCGCGGCGGCCAAGCUGCUCCGAGACGCCGGUCACAAGGUGACCGUCCUGGAAAUCAGCAGCCGGGUGGGCGGCCGCAUCCUGACCCAUCGCGACGAGACGGACGACUGGUACGCGGAGCUGGGCGCCAUGCGCCUGCCGAGCACCCACAGAAUUGUUCGGGAAUUUGUGAGGCAGUUCAAGCUCAGACUGAACAAGUUCUCUCAGACGGACGACAACGCCUGGGUUAUGGUUAACGGGGUCAGGACGAAAGCCGGGACCGUCCGGCGGAAACCAGACAUCCUGAACUACACUCUGGCCGACGGCGAGAGAGGCAAAUCUGCCGAGGAACUUUACCGAGGCGUUCUGCAGUUG